AAAUAUAUAAACACUCCUUCCAGUGAAUAGGUUAAAUUAGAUAUAGUUUUGGCGUGAACGAAAUAAUAAUGAAAAGUUUAUGUAAACUUUUUGCAGCAUGCAGUAAACAGACUUUCCGUACGUCCACUUUAUAUACAAACACCAAAAUUCGAAUGUACAAAAUGGACAGAAGGCUUGAGUUCAGUUCCGUAAUUAAAGAAGCAGAAAAAGUGGUCGGGUAUCCUGUGUCUUUUUUAAAUCUGAGAGUAAUUUUAAAUGACGAAAUUGCUAAUAUACUAUCGUAUACCAAAAAAUUAAUAGAAAUGAAACAUCCACUUGUACAAACACUUUCAAAUCUCGUUUUUCAAAAUGAACAGAAAACGUUUGGACUUAUAGUUCUCCUUAUGUCAAAAGUAGCUGGAUUAAGUGGGAAUUUUCGUGAGAGUGAAUAUGAUCGUGGUACUGACAUUCUCCACAGUCAAAGAGUUAUUGCUGAAGUAAUAGAAAUGAUUAAAACUGGUCAUUUAAUGCACACAAGUCUCUCAAACAUUGACGCCUCUACCAAAAAUGUACUCGACAUAAAUUUUGGAAACAAAUUAGCCCUUUUGUAUGGAGACUAUUUACUGGCCAUCAGUAGCAGCGAACUUGCUCGUUUAAAAAACCAUCAAGUUCAACAAAUAAUUUCAUCAGCUUUAAGAGAUUUGGCUGAAUCUCAAUUUUUUGGAUUAAGAGAUCCUCAAAAUAAUCCGAUACCGUCUAAACCACUUCCUGAACAAAAAGAUGUUAAAAUUCCAAACGAAUUUGGAGUAGAACCCCUAAAAUUUGAAGAUGUUUUAGGUAAUAUGAAAGCAGAAUGGACUUUGAGAAAUAUUUUGUGUAGUGGCAGUUUAUUGGCAAAGUGUUGUCAGGGUAGUUUAAUUUUGGCAGAUCAUGAAUUUUUCGUACCUAAACUAGCCUAUAUUUUUGGUAGAAAUUUAGCGUUAGCGUGGCAGGCUUCGUUAGAAAAAGUUCAAAUUAAAGAGGAAACAUUUAGCUUAGUAUCGGCGCCAGUAAUGUUACAUUUACAACAUGAUCCUAGUUUGUACACAGAAAUUGAAAAAGGAUUAUCUGAUCAGAAAAAAGUCAAUUAUGAUUUAAUACGAAAGGUUGUUAUGAGUGGGCCAGGGUUAGAUAAAACUGACCAGCUGAAGAAAGAAUUCUCAGAUACAGCUUUGAAUGUUUUAAAUAAUUUUUCAGAUAGUGGUUCUAAAACAGUGCUUAUAAAUAUAAUUAAAGCUUUGUGAUGGUAGAAAUACAUAACUUGAGACGUUUUAAUUUAGAAAAGGGAGAUUCUAUAAAUACACUGCCCUGUAAAAUUAACAAAAAAAUUUAAAAUUUUAUUUUGCACAUGGCCUUUCAAAAAUUUAUGAACUGGCCUGCAUGAAGUGCGGACCUCAAUCCCAUCGAACAUUUAUGGGACAUAGUGGGAAAAUUAAUUAAAGCAUUACAGUACCCUCCUACUACCCUCCCAGAGCUAACACUUAGAUUGACGCAAAAGUGGCAAGAAACUGAUCAAGAAGAAGUUAGUUCGAGAAGCCAAUACACGUUAUUAAUUCUAACUGAGCGACGUUUAAAGCAUUACCAAAUAAGAUGUUAUUUUUUGGUUUGCAAUUUUAAAAUUUUGCGUUAAUUUUGUUGGGCAGUGUAGUAUUCAUUCUAGAAUAAAAUUUAGAUUACUUAAUCAAAUUUCUGUUGACACCAUAGUGUCAAAAUGACUAUAAUUAUUACUUACUUGUUAUUUUGUCACUACUAAUCAAGUUUAAGUAGAAGUGACUUAAAAUAUGACUUAUAAUACUAAAAUAGUGUUUUAUAAAAUGUUACCAAUACACAAUUUUUAAAUAA